AAUUAUUAAUAAAAUUAUUCAAUUAUUGAGCAAUAUUUUUGAAUUUUUUUAGUCUUUUUUUCUUUUAACUUUACAUAAAUCGUUUCACUUCUAAACGUGCUGUCAUAGAAAUCCAACACAUUCAAAUAAACACACACACAUAUGUCACGUAUCCUUUAGAUGAAUCAGUGUUUAAAAUCACAGUAAUUCCAGCUUUUUUCCUGUUGUUCUGGAGCUCUAUGUUCACCUUUAGUCAGGUUACAUGAUUUUUUUUCCCCUCCCUAACCUUAUUUGCAAUGCAUAUUUGUUGGGGUGCGUCCUGUCUACAGCCUGAUGAGUUGGGCUCAUGGUUAGUGCAUCUCUUUAGUUGGAGUUGAAGACAUCAGGUUGCUGUUAAGUAUGACGCUAGAUAUCCAGAAAGUGGCAAUAUCUCAGCUAUAGCAAUACCGGAGCAAACUCUAGACAAACAAAAUGAAUAAGAAAAGGUACUUUCUGGACCCUCCAGAGGUCAAAGACUAUUUGGUCAAAGGAGAAAGAUUUACCAAGUGGUCAGAGGAUUCGACAAAGACUGUUCCGGUGACGAUGAAGAUGGAUCCAAAAGGGUUCUAUGUGUACUGGAUGAACCAAAGCAAGGAGACAACAUUCCUGGACGUUAACACAAUCAGAGAUACCAGAACAGGAAAAUAUGCCAAACUUCCCAAACAUCCAAAAGUCCGUAAUGUGUUCAACCUGGAUUUUCCUGACAGCAACCACCUUGCCAAAACCUUGACCAUCGUUUCAGGUCCAGACAUGGUGAAUCUGACAUAUCACAACUUCUUUGCCUCAAAAGACAAAGUGACACAGAACUGGGCGAACGAUAUUCUUGCGAUUUCUUAUAAUGCUGCAAGAAACAAUGCAUGCAGACAAGUCUUUUUGGAGAAAAUAUACGUCCGCAUUUCCCUCCAAACCAACAAGGAUGGCAAGAUUCCAGUGAAGAACAUUUACAAGAUGUUUCCUGCCGACAAAAAAAGGGUGGAAAGUGCCUUAGCUGCAGCACACCUCCCAAAGGGAAAGUAUGACUCUAUGAAAGCGGAUGUGUUCACUGAAGCAGCCUUCAGGACCUUCAUGAUGAAUCUGUGUCCUCGGCCUGAAAUCUAUGAGAUUUUCACUUCUUACUCCACCAAACCCACAAUGAGCAAGGAGAACUUCACCAAGUUCCUCUAUGAGAAGCAGAGGGACUCCCGGCUCAAUGAGGAGCUGUUUCCACGUCUGCGACAAGACCAGAUCAAGGCUUUGAUUGACAAGUAUGAGCCCAUCUCUACGAAUUCAAACAGAGGCUUUAUUUCUCCAGAAGGUCUUUUGUUCUUCCUGAUGGGUCCUGAGACAUCAGUCGUCAUGCAAGACAAGCUAGCAAAGAGUCAGGAUAUGACCCAACCCCUACCCCAUUACUUCAUCAAGUCUUCCCAUAACACUUAUCUAACAGCUGGUCAGUUUUCAGGCGUGUCCUCUCCUGAGAUGUACCGUCAGUGUCUUCUGUCUGGAUGUCGGUGUCUGGAGCUGGACUGCUGGAAGGGAAAACCUCCAGAUGAAGAGCCCAUCAUCACCCAUGGCUUCACCAUGACCACUGAGAUUCUCUUCAAGGACGUGAUUGAAGCUAUUGCAGAGAGUGCCUUCAAGACCUCCAAAUACCCGGUCAUCCUCUCGUUUGAGAACCACGUGGACUCGGUUAAACAGCAAGAAAAGAUGGCCAACUACUGCAAAACCCUAUUUGGAGAUGCCUUGCUCACAGAGCCUUUGGACAAAUAUCCUCUGAAGCCAGGCCAGCAGAUCCCCAGCCCCUCUGAGCUCAUGGGGAAGAUCCUCAUUAAGAACAAGAAGGGUUCUCAUGAAAAACCAGCCCAGGCGAAGAAAAGCAGCACAGCAGCCACCGAUCAGGCAGCAGCUGCAACCCCCCAAGAUCCAAACUGUCCCUCCCAGGAUGAAACUAACCCAACAUCUCCCAGUCAGGAGAACCAAGCUGAUGGAGAAGGAACUGUGGAGGAAAAUGAGGAGCAAGAAGAUACAGAAGAACAAGAUGAAGAGAAGAUGAAGACAUCUGAUGAGGGCACAGCAGGACAAGAAGUUACAGCCUACGAGGCAAUGUCAUCCAUCGUUAACUACAUUCAGCCAAACAAAUUCAUCUCUUUCGACAAUGCCAGAAAGAAAAAUAAGAGUUACGUCAUCUCAUCCUUUGUGGAAACCAAAGGGGAAGCAAUGAUUUCCAAGACUGCAGUUGAAUUUGUCGAAUACAAUAAGAGGCAGAUGAGCAGGAUUUAUCCCAAAGGAACCAGAAUGGACUCAUCCAACUACUCCCCUCAACCUUUUUGGAACGUUGGCUGCCAGAUGGUGGCACUCAACUACCAAACCAUGGAUUUCCCCAUGCAGCUGAACAUGGCUCUGUUUGAAUUCAACGGCAGGACGGGUUACCUGCUCAAGCACGACGUCCUGCGUCGUGGAGACAAGAAGUUUGACCCUUUUUGCGACAGGAUUGACACAGUCGUGGCCAGCACCCUCACCAUCAAGAUAUACUCAGGACAGUUUCUGUCAGAUAAGAAUGUGAAAACUGGAGUGGAAGUGGAAGUUAUCGGACUCCCCGGUGACCCCAAGAAAAAGUAUCGCACCAAGUGGUCCACCACACCCAACGCCAUUAACCCUGUCUGGAAUGAGGAGCCUUUUGUUUUUGAGAAGAUUUUGCUUCCAGAAUUGGCCUCUUUAAGAAUUGUGGUCCAUGAAGAAAAUGGGAAGUUUCUGGGACACAGAAUUAUUCCCGUCGAUGCCAUCCAGUCAGGUUUCCAUCACAUCUGUCUGCGCAGCGAGAGCAACAUGCCUCUCACUCUGCCUGCUCUUUUUGUGUACAUUGAGGUUAAGGACUACAUCCCUGCUGCCUUUGCAGAUUUCACAGAUGCCUUAUUUAAUCCAACAAAAGGCACAGAGAAGACCACAAAGACCCCCAAAGAGUCAUCUACUGACUACAUUUCUCCGUAUGAGUUGCCUCUUGUCGUCCAACCUCCCACAGAUAAAGUCAAGGAAAGUGCAGCCCCUGCAGCAGAAAAGCUCACAUCUGAAAAGACGCCGUCUACUGAUGCUGCUGACCAGUCAGCCCAGGCGGCCCAUGAAUCCAGUCCAGGGGCAGCAGAUCCUCCACAACCUGAUCCUCCUUCAACUCCUACUGAGGAUGCAGGAGGCCCCUCAUCUGAAGUCCCUUCAGAGGAUGCUUCUUCCCCGAAGAAGGCAGUAGAAGAGAAAGAAGCUGCCCAAGAGCCUGUGGCAGUUCUUGAUGCACAAGACCAGCCCGAUACACAAUCAGAACCUGUUGUAGAGCAGGUGGUAUCGGACUCCUGCAGGCGUUCUGAAGAACCUGCCUCUGCUGAGCCCAAAUCUGAAGAAACAACCCCCCCAGCUGAGGCAGCGGGAGCAGGGGACAACUCUCAGACAGAGCCUUCAACUGUGACUACUGAGCACCUGACACAGCACAAAAACUAUCUGAAGGUCAUCAAGCGUCAGGAGCGGGAGAUGAAAGAGUUUGAAAAGAAGUAUCAGAAAAAAGAAGAGGAGCUGAUGCAGAAAUACUCAGACGUCUUCAAGGCUGUCAAAAAGAAAGUUUCUUUAAAGAAAAAAGAAGGAGACGACGACACCUCUGACAGCAGCGUGAAGGCGUCACGGGUGCAGGAGCAGAGGGAAAAGAUGCAGGCCGAGCUGCAGGUUCUGUGGACAGAGCAGUGUGAUCAGCUGAAGAAAAAGAAGGAGCAGUGUGCCACAGAGAGACUUGCUAAACUGAUGGAGAUGGCCAUGGAGAAGCACACCAGUGAGCUGAAGGCUUUGGAAAGUGAAACCAAAGAGAAAAAGAAAACGGUCUCCAAGUGUUCAUCCACAGAAAAACCAAAGCUGAAAAAAGCGAUGAGCACUGAGGUACUAGACGAAACCAGUCAAUCGGAAGGAGUAUCUUCAGAGUCCUUUCCACAACAAGAAGCUCUGAUGAGGAAACAAGAGGCCACACUGGAAGAAAUCAAGACCUUGACGAAUCAGCUCAAUCAAGAGGCGGUAAAGGAGCAUACUCAAAAGCUGAGGUCUUUGCCAGCAGAGGUUAAAGAGGCAGUAAACAGCUGCAUGGGGGCGCACUUCCCUGAACUUGUGGACAAGCCUGGAGAGAAGAGAGUUGGAGAAAUGGGCUUUUAUGGAGAUGUUUUCUUGGGUUAAAUUCACAGAGUGGAGCUUUAAGCAUGAUUUACCUAUAUUUAUUAGUUGCAAUCUUGUUUUUAAUAACCCGAGGUUUGGGUGUAGCUAAAAAAAAAGAGUUUAAAGAUUAGAUGUUCAUAUUUGAUUUGCUCUUCGUUUAUUCUUUAGAGGGAUUUAGACUAACAAUGACAUUCUGAAGUUCAGAGUUUGAAAAUGCAUUUUUGGUUUGACUAAUUUUUCCGCUGCUCCUCUGAUCUAAAAAUAUUAUCAAUAAGAGACAAAAAUAUUCCAAAGGAAAGUCUCCCUAAUCUUGAUGCCCACAGCUCUAUAAUAAACAACAAUAGGAAUAUAUUUGCCCACGUAUAAAAAUGGCUUAACAUGGUCUACAGGCUAACAGAAGCAGUGACUCUAUUAGUUACACUUCAGUAAAGCCUAAUUUUAUACGUGUUAAGGUUCUACAAAGCCCUUACUUUAGACUGUGAUGUAAACAAAUAUGCAGUUUUACAGAAUUAGGAGUGAAAUGAGUUUUAAUGGAAACACAGUUUAGGCAAAGUCACUUGAAACACUCAAAUUGUGCAGCUUUUACACACUGGCUAUGGAACAUUAGCUCAGAAAGUUGUGAUAAGAUUGUCCUUGUUCUGCUUCAUGAGUUAAAUUCAACAUAAAGAUUGAAGAAAUAGGACUCAAUUGAAGCCUAAAUUUUGUCUUAAGGAAUAGUUUGUCGAUUUCUUUAAGUAUGAUUAAUAUAAAUGAGUAAGAAAUGUCCUUGUUGAGAGAAACAAAGUUAAACAUGAGACUCUGGAACAAUAGUUUUCAAAACUCCCUUGGCUAGAUUUAAUUUUUGCUUAAAAGUUUUUUAAAAGCUUUUAUUUUUAGCUCACUGUAAGAGGAUUUUUUUCUUCAUUUUAAUAGUUGAGGUGGUGUGUUUUAAUUGCCUAGUAAACAAUUUAUAACUUUUGGCACAUUUAAAAGGAGUCCUUGCUAUUUACUGUAAUAUACUGCUUAACAAUAAACAUUUGAUCCA